UUUCAUAUUCCUUCGCUCUCUCUCUCUCUCUCUCGCGUUCAUACAAAGAAGAGUCAGAAGGAGGCGAUCCUCUCUCUCUUUCUCAUUCUCUCAUUCAAUGCAAUUUUCUCAGGUCAAAUUCCCAUGCCCACUAGAUUUCCGUCGUCGUAAUAACGCGUUCUUUUUAAUCCUCUCCCAACCUACCAAAUCAUAUAUAUCAAUAUCCCUUGUUUUUAGUUCAUUUUGCAUUCAUUAUUAUUAUUUCACCCCAACUAACUAAAAUUCUGUUCUCUCUCUCAAUCUAUAGUUCUCAACAUUCUCUUCCACACUGUAACCAAUCUCGCUCUCCUCUCUCUCUCUCUUUUUCUCUUCACAAAAAAUUCUAUAAUUUUCCUUUGAUACUCUCGGCAAACAGGCAAAGAAGUUUAAAUCAGAGAAUUUUACAAAAAAAAAAAAAAAAAAAAAAAAAUGGGAGCUGUUUGCUCAGCAGGGACUACGAAGCGAAGUGUAAAAGACGAAGGAAAUAAUUUGAGAUUUUCCGGAAAGCUGAAAACAAAAAGGAGCUUUGGUAAGACGAAAGAGAAGUCGUAUCAGUACUCUAAUGGGUAUAAUUCCGGGAAAACGCAGAACACAUACGAUGUAGACGAGCGACAAUUGUCGUUUUCCAGCGAAUUGAAGCCGUCAACGCCGGCUAGGACGGGAGCUACCAAGGCUCCACAUAAGAGCUCAGCCCUCGGAAGGGCCGGCAUUGUUGGUCUGGAGAGGGCAGUAGAAGUUUUAGAUACACUUGGAAGUAGCAUGUCAAAUUUGCAUGCCAAUGGUGGGUUUGUCUCUGGCGUUGCUUCCAGAGGGAAUAAGAUUUCUAUUUUGGCAUUCGAAGUAGCUAAUACGAUUGCCAAGGCUUCGAACUUGUUGGAAUCUCUUUCGAAAGAAAAUGUCCAGUUCCUAAAGAAAGAUGUUUUACAUUCUCAAGGAGUUCAACUAUUAGUCUCCACAGACAUGGUGGAGUUGCUAAGUAUUGCUGCUGCUGAUAAAAGGGAGGAGCUUGAUGUUUUCUCGCGAGAAGUAAUUAGAUUUGGAGAUCUAUGUAAGGAUCCACAGUGGCACAACCUUGGUCGUUUCUUUUCUGGAUUAGAUUCAGAUGAUUCUAUUCAUAGACAACAAAGAGAAGAGGCAGAAAUGAAAAUGCAUGAAUUGACUGUUCUCGCUCAACACACUUCUGAACUAUACCACGAGUUAAAUGCUUUGGACAGAUUCGAACAAGAUUACAGGCAAAAGGUCGAGGAAGUGGAAGCCUUAAAUCUCCCUAGAAGAGGAGAGAGUCUCAAGAUGUUACACAGUGAGUUAAAACAACAAAGAAAGCUUGUAAGGAGCUUGAAAAAGAAAUCUCUUUGGUCUAGAAAUUUGGAGGAGAUUGUGGAGAAGCUUGUUGAUAUUGUUACUUAUGCACAUCAAGCGAUCUCAAAAGCAUUUGGAAAAAAUGUUGCAAAGUUUGGAACAGAGCAAAGGAAAGAUUCUCAAAGGCUGGGUGUUGCCGGUCUUGCAUUACAUUAUGCCAAUGUCAUCAAUCAGAUAGAUAACAUUGCAUCUCGGCCAAGCUGCCUGCCUCCAAAUAUGAGGGACACAUUAUAUCAUGGGUUGCCAAACAGUGUCAAGACAGCUUUACGGUCUCGGUUGCAGACUCUUAAUGCAAAAGAACAGCUCUCUGUGUCACAGAUCAAGGCUGAAAUGGAAAAGACUCUACAGUGGCUUGUUCCAGUUGCUACCAAUACCAACAAAGCACAUCAAGGUUUUGGAUGGGUCGGAGAAUGGGCAAAUUCUGGUCCCGAGUUUGGCAAGAGCACAAGCACGCAAAACAACCUGGUUCGCCUUCAGACACUAUAUCAUGCAGAUAAGCAGAAGACAGAUGUAUACAUACUAGAAUUGGUAACAUGGCUUCACCACCUAAUUUGCUUGGCAAGACAUAAAGAUAAUGGAUUGAAACCUUUGCCUACUCGGUCUCCAACGCGAAAGGGACUAAAUUUGCACAGCAAAAUGCAACGUUUUCUAUCCAUGGACCUUAGCACUAAACCUCACAAGGUUCAACUUUCACAAGAGGAUAGAUAUUUGUUAGAAGAGGUAAUUGGAAGGAGGAAGGGAGUCCUAGGAGUAAGCAAAAGUCAAGAAUUUGUUAUUUCUAAGAGCAGAGAAACCAGAUUUUGGACGCGGAGCAGGAGUACUGGGAGUUCACCUGAUAGGGAAGUGCCUGCUAGACGAUGCUCUGAGCGCUCCAGGACUGACGUUUUAGAUGUUAUGGAUGGGUUGGAUUUAACAAUUUGCAAUUGAGAGCUUUUGCUGUUCCCAUUUUUCAAUAUUCUUUCGUCAUCUGGUCUAUUUACUCCUCAUGUACAUAUUUCCGGGACAGUUCUUAUUUUGUUGUAUAUAACCCUUAUACACAGUUUAUACGAAGUGAAUUGUUUCGUGCU